AUGUACUCAAGAAAAUCCUUAUCCCUAAUUUCAAAGUGUGGGCAAUUAAGCAGGCUAAACGCACAAGCUGCUCUACAAGCAAGGAGACACUUGUCCAUUCAUGAAUAUAGGUCGGCUCAGUUGUUGAGAGAAUAUGGUAUUGGUACCCCGGAAGGGUUUCCUGCAUUCACUCCUGAAGAGGCCUUCGAAGCAGCUAAGAAAUUGAAUACUAAGAAAUUGGUCAUCAAGGCGCAGGCAUUGACUGGAGGCAGAGGUAAAGGUCACUUUGACACCGGCUACAAGAGCGGGGUUCAUAUGAUUGAAAGCCCUCAACAAGCAGAAGAUGUUGCAAAAGAAAUGCUUAAUCAUAACCUGAUUACCAAACAGACGGGAAUAGCUGGGAAGCCGGUAUCUGCGGUGUAUAUAGUGAAAAGAGUAGAUACUAAGCAUGAAGCUUAUUUAUCUAUUUUGAUGGAUAGACAAACCAAGAAACCGAUGAUUAUUGCAUCCAGUCAAGGUGGUAUGAAUAUUGAAGAGGUGGCCGAGAAAACUCCAGAUGCUAUAAAGAAAUUUUCAAUUGAAACCUCAAAAGGACUGAGUUUACAAAUGGCCAAAGAUGUUGCCAGGAGUCUCGGUUUCAGUCCCAAUGCACAAGACGAAGCAGCACAAGCUGUAUCCAAUUUGUAUAAGAUAUUCAUGGAAAGAGAUGCUACUCAAGUAGAGAUUAACCCUUUGAGUGAGAUUGAACAUGAUCCAACCCACAAAGUCAUGUGUACAGACGCCAAAUUUGGGUUUGAUGAUAACGCAUCAUUUAGACAGGAAAAAAUAUAUUCCUGGAGGGAUUUAUCACAAGAAGACCCCGAUGAGGUUAAGGCAAAGAAGUAUGACUUGAACUUUGUAAAGUUGAAAGGUAACAUUGGAUGUUUAGUCAAUGGUGCCGGUUUGGCUAUGGCCACUAUGGAUGUCAUCAAAUUGAACGGAGGCGAUCCUGCGAACUUUUUGGAUUGUGGUGGUGGUGCCACGCCCGAGACUAUCAAACAAGGUUUCGAAUUGAUCUUAUCCAAUAAGAACGUAGACGCAAUUUUCGUCAAUAUUUUUGGUGGUAUCGUAAGAUGUGACUAUGUCGCCCUGGGGUUGGUGGAAGCCGCCAGAGAACUAGAAGUUAGGGUCCCUAUUGUGGCACGUUUGCAAGGCACCAAGGUAGAAGAAGGCCGUGACAUUAUCAAUAAGUCGGGGGUAAAGAUCUACUCAUUUGAUGAAUUAGAUCCUGCUGCUAAAAAGGUUGUUGAAUUGACGCAAAACUAA